AUGGCCGAAGACUGGGAAUUCGUAUGUCCACGUCCUCGGAGCUCGAGAGCUUGCGAUCCGUGCAGGUCUCGCAAAAUCCGGUGUAUACCGUCGGAGAAAACAAGCGGAACGGACGCGUGUCGAAGAUGCGCAAAGCUAGGAUACACAUGUACAGUUUCGGGAAGUCUGCAGUCGACUACGACUGGACAAGCCCCGAGGAGUCACGAGAUGAGGGCUAAGAGUGACCGGUCCUCCAACGGUAAUGAUUUUGUCGCGAACCUUUUCAACGAAAAGCCCAAAGAGGAAGACGAAUCAGCGCGACUGUGUGAAAUGCAUCGCACUGUGUUCCAGGGGCAAAUUGGAGGCGAGGGCAAGCCUUGUGCACUGAAAGAUACUACACCCAGUGUCGGUGGUUCUGUCAUUUGCGAGUCUGGGUCUGGUAAAAUUAACCUGAAUAUGCAAGACGCGGAAGAAUUGCUAUGCCAGUUCAGAGAGCGACAGGAAUUCUUCCCCUUUAUUGAGCUGCCCGAGGGGACUUCAGCAGCCUCGAUGGCGGCAUCUCGACCGUUCUUGCUACUAGCCAUUCUAACGGUCUCCUUAACGAGAAAGCCACUCCUACAGAGGAGAGUCGAUGAAAGAUUCCGUCGUGUGUUGAGUGAGAGGAUCAUCUUCUAUGGCGAGAAGAGCCUGGACUAUGUGCAAGGUCUAUUGGUUUAUAUGGCAUGGUGUCCAUUGCAUAUCCGACCACUCAGCAGCCAACUCUCGCAAUUCAUGCAGAUACUCAUCACCAUGAUAUCUGACCUGAAGCUGACGGAAAACUUGCAUGAUGGAGCCGCUCGAGACGCCUGUCUCGGAUGUUAUAUCCUUUCCUCUCUAUUAUCUCUCGGCUUCCGCCGGCGCGGUGAUGAUGCCGCGUAUAGCUAUCUCAAAGCAGCGGUUGACGCUAGUAUGACCCUCGCUCAGCCGUAUGAUCGAAAACUUCAAUUCGCAAAGCUUCAGCUGCUGUUUGAGGAGACAGUCCGCAGCCAGGCUGAAUAUGGCUCUGAAAGGUGCCCCAUCACAAAGAAGCAGAGAGUCCAAGAACGGAUCGAAUCCAUUCGUCUGGAGCUGCAAAUCUUUGAACGAGUGCAUGGCCUUAGCAACAUUUCUCUGCAUGUAUUCGCAUUAUACUUGAAGGUAAACAUCGCCCUCCUACCUUUCCGAACCCUCGACGCGAAACCAAGCCACACACCCGAUUCCGAAUCUUUACUCGACGACGCAACCUCCUGCGUAUCAGAAAUCCGCGCAUUCUUCGAAUAUUUCCUCUCCAUCCCAGUAGAUCAAUACAUCUUACUUUCCAAGCGAGAAUGGUGUCUAUUAAUCCUCACCAUCAGUGCCUCCUCACAGAUCUGUUUCUUAUCUCCGGCUGUUUCUAGCCCGGAAUGGACGCACUUUCAAACCAAAACACGAUCAAGCAUCCUAAUCUACCUCGAGAGCCUUUCGCACCGGAUGUCAAGUCUAUCGGUGUCAAAGCCCGGUGAAACCCCUGAUGUAUUCUUCAUGUUCAAGUCCGUUUUAGAUAUCGUUUUGCCUACAUAUGCACCGCCCACUUGUUCCUCCUCAUCCUCGUCAUCAUACAGCAUUGAGAGGCUAUCGCCUGUGUCCCAGGAUGAUAAUCAGGAGGUGACUGCACUGCCCUCGCCUUCGACGCGUUGUCCCAUGAUGAAUGGGAGUAUUCGAAAGUCGGAGUUCUGGCAUUCCAUGGAGCAGAGUGAUCUCUAUCUGGCAGAAUUUGGGACCGGUGGAGAUGCUGAGGGUGUGUGUACCGUCGGGGUACCGGGAGUGCAUAGCCUGUUUGAUGAUUCGGGGGACUGGCCGAGUAUAUUUUCAGAAUGGGUCAAUAUUGCAACUAAUUGACG